AUGCGGCUGGUCAUUUUUGUGACGUCACUCUUCUCUUUUGUUGGUACGUCAAGUAACGGACAUUUUUUGGGCUACGCCGAACAUACUCACAAGUGUUUACACUGUCCUAACUCAACUUAGACCCCAAGAUCUUGUUGAGUAGCACUUGUUAAGUUUUUUUCUUUUCUUUUUGUAAAAAGUUUCAUAUUUCAAAAUGGCUUUUCUGUACAGCAGAGCCACUUGAAGUAGGUCGAGUGAGCGAAAUAGUGGGAUGAGUUAGAAAUAUCAAAAACAAGAAAAACUUUAAAAAAAAAGUUGAGAGCCAAAUCCAAGAAAUUUUUGAGCUCUAAAUGCACAUUUUUGUAAUUAUUCAAGUUGGAUGGCUUUCCUUCUUUCCUGAUCAUUUUUGGCUAGCAAAAAAUGAAAGUAAAAGAUUUAAUGAAAACAAAGUAAAUAAAAAUAAAGUUUAAAAAAAAAAUUUACAGGCACCCAAUCUACCGAUAUUCGUUGCUACGCCUGUACAACAAUCGACGCCAACGCAAUGCUCAGUGAAAUUUCGGAUCCUAAUUGGCUCCGUUGGCUUGAAAACGUUCGAUAUGUCCCCUUCAGCCAACAGUGUACUGAUUAUUUCCAGGUUUCAUUUUUUUGUUUAAAACAAAACAAAUGCUCAAGAUUAGGUUGAUAUGGCGCUACGAGACGGUGUGAAAAGUACCGAAUGUACCAACGGAGUUUGUAUGAAGAUGAUAUUCCAAGAGAAGAAUGGUGACUUCAUUUUUCUUGAAAGAACUAUACAAAAAUCUUACAGGCGUGAGCCAUGUAUGGCGCAACUGUAUUCCUCAAGCCAAAGAGCAAAUUCGGUCGGAUUGCACGCGGAUCACAAGUGGAGAAGGUUCACUUUUUAUUUUUAUAGUCGACUCAAAAUGCUGAGAUUGAUGUGAAACUUGUUAUUUUCUUAUAACUUCGACCUUCUGAAAAUUUUCUUAGGUUUUUGGGCCGCCGAAACAAAGUCAAUGUUAUUAAUCUAUCAAAACGUCUUUUCUGUUUCAAGUUUCUCACAAACAUUGAAAAAAAAGCUGUUUUUGUCGGAAAAAAAACGUGAAACGGUUGUUUGCUGAACGUGUAAAUCCUCUCAGCGUCGAAAAGACGUCUAAAACCACAACUUCGACUUUUUCAGGAAAUCUUGAAGUUUGCACUUGCGACGGCAACCUGUGUAAUUCCGUCAGGACUACAAGCUUCAUACUGAGUGUGCUCGCUGCAGUGAUACUGGUUUUAUAG